AUGCAACAGACCGAUACGCCCAGCCCUGUUGCUGUAGGAACACCCUCAAGUCCAGCGCCUCACGACCGUCGUUCCAAUUCAGAAGCAAGAACGGCUACACGGAGUACGGAGCGUUCUGCUCUACCUUCUCCACAUGUACAGCGUAGAGUGACUGCAAAGGGUCAAGUCACCAAACCAAAACAAGCCCAAAAGCGAGACGCGCGAAGUACAAGUAAAGACAAGGCGCGAAAGAAGUCAGGGAACAUAGGAAGAACAAGCAGCGAUGCAGCAUCACAUACGCUUGAAAACUCAGAAUCAGCAUCCACGCGACCGGCCGCACAGUCGUACCCAUUCCCGACUCGACCCAGCAUGCCAACCUGGUACACCUCGGUCUCACAACAGAGUCUGGCACAACUCGACCGGAGGCGUCCCCAGGAGCUUGCCGCUAUCGACGCGCUGAAAGACUGCAUCAGACGAUGUGAACAAGAAGGGGAUAAGAGCAAACUCACCAAAGAGUACAACGAUCUACGCAACCAUAUUCACAAGGCCGAGAUCAAACUAGAUAUGGAUAAGGUUAAAGCCAAGAAGACGCGCAUCUUGACAGAGAUGGGACUGCCUCGCAUCUUCAACAAGUAUGCCGACUUCCCCUGGGACCUCAAGGCUGACGCAUGGUACUUGUACGAGAGGUGGAUGAAUGAGGAUUUUGAACAGGACAUUCUCCGCGGCAUCGUCACUGUCAAAGGCAAAGACAGGAAUGGUGACCGUCUGGACCGCGCUUACACGACGAAGCACCCAAAAGACCCCAAGAUCAUCGGCAACAAUGGGGCUGUGAUCGGUCAGUGGUGGCCUUCGCAGCUCUGUGCUGUCCGUGACGGUGUGCACGGCGCGCCACAAGGAGGUAUCUAUGGCGACAAAGACAGAGGUGCUUACAGCAUUGUACUCUCGGGUGGUGGGUACCAUGACCGAGACGACGGUGACACCAUCGAGUACAGCGGCACAGAAGGAAGUAACUUCGAGAUUAAGGCUGCAACGCAGUCGAUGAUCACUAGCGCUAAACUCGGGAACCAUAUCCGCGUCCUGCGUUCCUCCCAGCUGCCCAAGUCAAACAAAUAUCGCCCUAGCUGUGGCCUACGCUACGAUGGGCUGUACCAGAUCAAGUCUUACAAAGAGGUUGACCUAGAGAAGCAGAUGUACCGGUUCCAUCUCGAAAGGGUUCCAGACCAAGAGCCUAUUCGGUUCGAGGGCGUCACAAUGCGACCCACAGUGUUCGAGGAAGAGGUGUAUGAGAGGUGCAAGGGCAGGAUCUUAUGA